AGUAAAACUUACGCUAAUUAAUCAGUUGGUUUCUACCAUUCAUUCAAGAACCACAGCCCCCGCUAUAAAUUCAAGAAAAACACCGCGGAAAUUGUUAAACUUCACGUUCUGGGAUCUCCACAAGUCCCUCCCUUUUCCAUUGUACAUCGUGUUCUUUUUUCCCCUUUUCAAUUUGUUGAUUUCUCAACAUAUUGAUUGUUUUUGCUGAAAUUUUAAGCAUGCCCAGCUUUCAUGAUUUGAUUUUCAUUUGGUUUUUCUAUCUCAAAUCUCCUUGUUUUUCUUGAUUCCUUGACUUGUUCAUAAUGUUUGCCGAAAUUUUUAGCAUAGCUAUUUUACAUUCAUUUUCUAUUUAGUUGCCAAAAUCUUGGCGUUUUUCUCUGGUCUGAUUUUAUGUUUUCCAAGGUUUAUAAAGUUGGAUCCCAGAAAAAUAAGAAUUCAAUUAAUUUUUGCCUUUGUAUUGCAUUGGAAUUCUAAGUGAUGAAUGUUAGGACCGAUCAUUUUGAAAAAUUGAUUUUAAUUUCACUCUAGAAGUUGUUCAUUUUGCUGUAAUCUGAUGUUUUAUUGAUCAAUGUUACUGCCAGAUCAUUGUAAAAUGAAUUUCAACGUCCUUUUUUAUGGGUUAAUUUUAAGCCUGCCUCUUGCAGCAGAUUGAAUUCCAUGAUUUUAUUUGCUAAUUUAUGUAUUUGGUAACCAGCAAAUUAUUUGCUGAAGUUUAAGAUUACCCUUUUGUAAAGAUAUAAAUUCGAUGCAUAUUUUGAGCUUUUCUUCACUAAAUUUGGUUGUUCUUCUGUGAUCUGACACAUUAAGUUGUGCUCUUGUUAAUAGAUUAAAAACAACGAGAUUUUACAUAUCAUAGAAAACGAAAAUAAUCCGUUAGUUAUGUGUUUAUACCAGCUUAUAAUAUCGAUUUGCUGAAUCAGAAUCUACUGCAUGAAAAUUUUCUAGUUUCAAUUCAAUUAUAAGAUUUUGUUUGCUGGGAAUUUUUCAUAUUUGGUAAACAAGUUCCAAAUAUUUACGGAGUUUUAGUCUUUGAGAACUACCACUUCGUAGAUAUAUAACUUCUCAUUCAAUUCUCAUCUUUUGCUGCUAAAACAAUUCAAUUCCUCCUUCAAUUCUGAGUGAUUGUUACUAAAACAUAGAAGAAAUUGCUUUCAUCUUGUAGUGGUGUGAUUGUGUGUUGUAGGAAGUGCUGGAUCUCUACCGUGAAGAUAAUUUACAAGAAAACUUAGUACACUCAUGGCAAAUGUAGUUGAUGUGGCAAACAAGGAAGCCAAAGGAACUGACAAGAAGUUUACAGUUGUUUUUGUACUGGGUGGCCCUGGCAGUGGUAAGGGCACUCAGUGCGCAAAAAUUGUCCAGCACUUUGGGUACACCCAUCUCAGUGCUGGUGAUCUGCUCCGAGAAGAAAUAAAAUCUGGUUCUGAAAAUGGGACAAUGAUUCAGAACAUGAUUAAGGAGGGAAAACUUGUACCUUCAGAGGUGACAGUUAAGCUUUUACAACGAGCAAUGAAUGAAAGUGGCAAUGACAAAUUUCUCAUUGAUGGUUUCCCCCGUAACGAGGAGAAUCGUGUAGCAUUUGAAUCUGUGAUUGGAAUUGUGCCAGAGUUUGUGCUUUUCUUUGAUUGCUCAGAAGAAGAGAUGGAGAGGCGGCUAUUGAGUCGAAAUCAGGGUAGGGAAGACGACAACAUUGAAACAAUAAAGAAGCGCUUCAAGGUUUUCAUGGAGUCUAGUCUCCCGGUGAUUGAAUACUACAACUCCAAGGAGAAGGUUCGAAAGAUUGAUGCUGGGAAACCCGUUGAAGAAGUUUUUGAGGCAGUCAAAGCUGUUUUCACCUCAUCGUAUGACAAGGUUCCUGCUUGAAGAUGCUACCAUACCCAAGAUAUGGCACCAGAUUUCAUUAGGUGGUCCGAUAUAAGCUGAACAUUAAAGUCGAUAUGCAUCAUCAGUUUGUUUUACGCGUAUUUUUUUUUGUUUUUGAUUAAAAAGAGAGAUUUUUAAUGAGGUGGUUGCUUCUAAAUUGUUGCUUGUGACUGAAUAAUUAAGUACUACUUUUGGUGUAACAGUUUGGAAUUUUUGCGAAACAAAGUAGUGUCAUUAAACUAU